AAAAAAAAAUCAAAUCCAGCAACACACGGAACCCGACAUCAAGGUAAAAAUAAAUAAGAAUAGAUCAUCUUAAACACCUAGUUGAUCAAAAUAAAGAAUAAAUUCAGAUUUACCUACAAGCUCAAGGGGUUUGAACUUACCUGAAGUUGUGAUUUGAAUGUUGUAAUAAACAUUGAAUUUGAAAUUUAAUGGUCAUAAUUGAAAUUUGAAUUCCUGUAAAUAACUUUUUGCAAAGAUUCAUAGUUUUUCCAAGUUAUUGAAAUACUUGCAAACUUGAAUGGAUCCUCAAAUGGUUGAUAAUUUUGUUUAUUUUUUCUAUUUGGAUUUGUUGGAAAAGAUGAAUUGCUGGUUUUUAAUGUCAGUAGCUCCAAAAUGACUGUCGAAAAAGCUGCCGGAGCCAAAGGCGGAGACUAUAUUGCAUUCAACUUUAUCAUCGUAAUUUUGCAAAAAGAAAAGUUAGAAAGGGUAAAUUAUUCAGGUACCGUAUUUUUGCACAAAUAAAGACUUAUAGCCGUAUAUAUAAAAAGCUCCCUUUUUUUCAAGCCAUAAUUAUAUUAGAGGUUGGCGGAAAAAUACGUAAUGUGAUUAUUGUGACGGGUUGUUGAUUUGUCGGUCCCACUGUGUGUUUUUUUUUUUUUUGGAAAUUUUUCUUUUAGUUUGGUACAUGCACUUGAUACGCUUCAACAGAAACCCGCAGUUAUCGCCAACUUUCACUAUUUUAUGUCAUUUUCCUUUAUUAUUUCAUAUUCACCUUCAUUGUCUCUGCUCUCUCUCUCUCUCUCUAAAUGCCCUCAUACAAAACAAGCUAAUCUCUCAAAGCCAUCUUCACUUUUCAUUUGAAAACUGCGACGAUGGAUCCCUCAUCAUGGCCAUCUCAAUCAGAGUUGAAAGAGAUUAGAGACAUAGUUGCUGCAUUGGCGGGAAGAUGCAUCGAAGAUGUUCGAGUUGUAGCCUCUCCUUACCGAAUUUGCCCCUUAGGAGCUCAUAUUGAUCAUCAGGGUGGGACGGUUUCAGCUAUGGCAAUUAAUAGAGGAGUACUUCUAGGAUUUAUUCCUUCUAGUGAUAGUCAGGUUGUAUUACGCUCAGGACAGUUUAAAGGAGAAGUAAAGUUCAGUGUUAAUGAAAUUGUGCACCCUAAACACAAGAUUGAAGUUUCCAAGAAUGAUGCAAAUGAUUCUUCGAAACAAUAUGAAGAAUGUGAUUGGGGCAACUAUGCAAGAGGAGCUCUAUACGCACUACAGAGAAAGGGGAACCAUAUUUCCCAGGGUAUCAUAGGGUACCUGCGCGGUUCUGACGGACUUGACAGUUCAGGCCUUAGCUCUUCUGCCGCUGUCGGAGUAGCUUACCUGUUGGCCUUAGAAAGUGCAAAUAACUUGAAAGUACCUCCUGAAGAAAAUAUUGAGUAUGACCGGUUGAUUGAAAAUGAAUAUUUGGGUCUGAAAAACGGCAUACUGGAUCAAUCUGCCAUUUUACUUUCAAGCCAUGGUUGUCUUUUGUGCAUGAAUUGCAAGACUAAAGAACAUAAGCUCAUACGUUCUCCUGAAUUGCAAAAGGACCAAAAUAUUGAGUUGCAGAAAACAUACAAAAUAUUACUGGCAUUUUCAGGCUUAAAGCAUGCUUUAACUAACAAUCCUGGUUAUAAUCGUCGAGUUUCAGAGUGUCAAGAGGCUGCAAGAAUUCUUUUAAAUGCUUCAGGAUUUGGAGAAGUGGAGCCUCUUCUCUCAAAUGUUCAACUGGAGGCCUAUCAAGCACACAAGAACAAAUUAGAACCUGAUCUGGCUAAAAGGGCAGAGCAUUACUUUUCGGAAAAUUUGCGUGUCAUCAAAGGACUUGAAGCCUGGGCUACUGGUAGUUUAGAAGAUUUUGGAAAACUUAUUACAGCCUCUGGCCUAAGCUCUAUUCAGAACUAUGAAUGUGGCUCGGAACCCCUUAUACAGUUAUACAAAAUCCUAGUAAACGCGCCUGGAGUUUUUGGAGCACGAUUUAGUGGUGCCGGAUUCAGAGGGUGCUGUAUUGCACUGGUGAAUGCUGAGCAUGCAGAUGAAGCAGCAUCAUUUGUUAGGAGAGAGUAUCAAAAGAUCCAGCCUGAAUUGGCAAGCCAAUGGAAACAAGACAAAGCAGUUUUGAUAUGUGAAGCUGGUGACUCUGCUCGUGUAAUAUCAUCUUAAUCGAUAAUUCACUACUCAUAUUAUCAUGUUUUAUCUUAUCAAUACCUUGUAACAAUUUUAGUUUCCAGAACAUCAUUUAUUGAUUUAUAUUUUCUUUUAUUUCAUAAGCCGUUCAUAGUACAUCUCAAAGCUCAGAAUGUACAUGAUGUUAUGAGCAAUGUUGUGUGUGAGCAACUAUGUUUUAAGUUGGAAUCUCAGAAUAUGUUAUUGUGUAAUUAGUUAGUAGGUAACGGCCAUUUUUGCACUUGUACGUUUUGUUUCAUUUCACUUGAUAAAUAAAGAAAGUGUAUUACCACAUGUUUGCCCAAAA